AUGGUGCUCUCGUUGCCGGUCCCCGGCUUCUCCAGACCCUCCGCCUCUCCCCGCCCCGACAGCAACACGCACCGAAAACCAGCGCCAAGCAGCUCCUCAUCCAGCCACGGUGUCCCGAGGGCAUCUCAUCUCGGACAGACUGGCUCUUCUACCAGUAACCACUCCCUGACUCUCAGUGAAGCGCUGCGCAAUAAUCCUUUUGGCAGUACGACACGGUCCCGCGGCCCCGUCCAGUUCUCGGCCCACGAACACGAAGAACAGAGACGUGAACAGGAGGAACUUAAUACUGCGCUUGAGACUCUGGUUCGCAUCUUCCCAGAUGUACGGAUAGAGGUGUUUCGCGAGCUGCUGGUACGCUUUGACGGACAGAGCCGAUUACAAGUUUGCGUGGAGGAACUCCUCAGGCACAAGAAGAAAUGGGUGUCGGGCCGGUGGAACCUCCCAGAAGGGGCCAGUGAAAUCCAGAAAGAGGGAGGUGCUGGGCCCGCUUCUGAACGCGUCGAGUCAGCGAGGCAUGAUGCUGGCGAUGCCUUGGUACCACCCGAGGAGCGGUUCCGGUCUAACGAGUACAAGGCCGCUGUGCGCAUGCAAAUGAUAAAAGAGUUCAAUGGUCUAAACAGGAGUACCAUUGAGGCUGUUUUGGCAGAAGUGAAUUUUAGCUAUGCACGGGCGCGACCCACGCUCCGGGAUCUGUCGCGUCGGACAUGGCGUGCGACAUUCAGCAGUAUUCUGCCCUUCCGGCGGAAAAGGGACCGCGAGGAACAUCCGCUUCUGGUUUGGCAUCAUCGCGUGGAUGGGGAACUCACUCCUGGCCUGAAGGAAACGGGAUGCAGUGAGCUGGAUGCCGAGCUCCACGAGAUGCUAUUGGCCCCGCUGCUGCAACAGAAGCGCGAAGAGCAGCAGAACGGGGAUUUCAAAUUUGCUUCAGAAUUGAACGAGAAAGAAGCGAAAGCAGUCGAUGCCCUAUACGAAUGUGAGUGUUGUUUUGCCGACGUGACGUUCGAGCAGAUCGCGACAUGCUCGGCCAAUGCCCAUAUCAUUUGCUAUCACUGCAUUCAACGAACCGUUUCCGAGGCGUUAUUUGGGCAGGGCUGGGGCAAAUCCGUGGACUUGGAGCGUUCCACUUUGAAGUGUCUUGCGCCCCUGUCCGUAGGGUCGUGCGAGGGAUGUCUUCAUUCACAGAUUGUCAAGCAGGCAAUUCUGCUUGACACGGCUGGCUCCGAGACAUACCGCAAAUUCGAAAAUCGGCUCUCCUCCGAGGCACUUGUGAAAUCACAGCUGAAGCUCGUUCGAUGUCCGUUCUGCUCCUAUGCUGAGAUCGACCCUGUCUACCACCCUUCACCCAGUGGUGUCCGCUGGCGGCUCCGCCGUGACGGAGGCAUCGUCUCCACGAUUUUGAUGACUCUCCUCCUCCUUGAUCUUGUUCCGUUACUCGUAAUCCCGGUCAUAAUUCUCUUUCUCUUUGAUCCGGCAACUGUAACGGCGGUUCUCAGAAAUGCGGUCCGAAACCUCUGUCUCAAGAUCCGCUCUAAACGAUUCAGCUGUGCCAACCCUUCCUGUUUACGCGCUAGCUGCCUGACAUGCCAUAAACCGUGGCGAGAUCCACACGUGUGCCAUGAGCCAUUACUUCUAGACUUGCGCGCCACCGUCGAGGCCGCGCGCACCGCUGCCGUGAAACGCACCUGUCCCCGCUGCUCCCUUUCGUUCGUGAAGUCGUCGGGAUGCAACAAAUUGACCUGUGUCUGUGGCUACUCCAUGUGCUACAUGUGCCGGAAGGCGUUAGGCCCACCUCUCCGCACAACUACUGCCCGCGCGCGCCGUGCCAUGGGAGCCUUCGAUGGCGCGGCUGAUAUGCGCGAAAACCUCUUUCACGACGGCGGCGAUAUCUCCGAGGAUGAUGAGUUCGAAGAAACGGAAGGCUACAAGCACUUUUGUGAGCACUUCCGCAUCAACCCCGGAUCCCGCUGCACAGAAUGCAGCAAAUGCAACCUCUACCAAGCAGAAGACGAGGAAUUGGUUGCACGCCGCGCAGGCGAGAAAGCUGAGCGUGAAUGGCGGCUCCGGCAAGGUGAAGCCAGCAACGCAACUUCGACUGCUGGGUUCCGCAACGUCAACCAAGAUCUCUCGGCAGGCCCAGAUGGUCAUGCGAAUCGCCGCGCUUCGGCUCCGCUUUGGAAUUGGCCGAUUACGGGUAAGCCGUGCGCUUAUUGGCUUAGCGAUGUAUGGGCGAAUGGCCGGUGGAAACUCGAAGGCCAGGCGUUUGCGGACUGGAUUGUGGAACGGGUUAUUGAAAUUGAAGACGUAUGA